AAUCCCAGUCAUGGGGACAGUCUGAAGAAGAGCGGACGAUUCGGACUGCGGAAGAGGAUUGUGACACAGGGUAGGAAAGGAGACCGCGGCAUUAAGGCCCGGCAACUUUACCAACACCUGCAGGAGGUCUGCGGUUCUGAGUAAGAGCACGGUUCCCCUCCCUGCGGGCGGAUCAGGCCCUGGAGGACUGUACUCAUUGACCGCCAUCUUGAGUGGGAGUCGGGACGGGGCUUCCUCCCUUGGGGGAGAGGGGGGCGGGGUGUGGACAAGGGUUACCUAAGCAACGGGCCGUCCGCCAUUUUGGGGGUGGGCCAGGGUUACCCAGGAAACGGACCGCCCGCCAUUUUUGUGUAAGUGCAGGCCAAAUGGGCGGCCAUCUUGGUGAGGUAACUGACUGAGCUGAGCUUCAGGGUCUGUGAUCAGGGGAGAAGAUCUGAGCUGAAGAGCUGGAGAUCCAAACACGGAGAGGACAGCGCUCACCUGGAAGUAGAAUGAAGAGGUGGUGCUGUAGAUUUGGAUUCAAAGGUUCUGUGAAAAUAUAAGAGGAAAGCAAAUGCUCCAUAGAACUUAACAACUGACUGCUCUGUGUUUAUCUUUGGGAACAAAUUUCAAAUAUUGUUCUGAAUGGAAAAAGUUCCAAAUCCAGGAUUGAGAGUGUUCCUGUGCCCUGACUGUGGUAAACCCUCCACUUGCUAUACAUUCUGAAAAUACAUCACUCCAUUUGCAGUGGGAGAAAUUGUUAACACAUUCUGCAUGUGAACAAGGCUUUGAUUGAUUGCUCAGACGAGAGAGACACAAGGACAGCGGCAGCAUGGAGAAGCCAUGGAAAUGUGAUGACUGCGGUAAAGCGUUCAUUUACCGAUCCCGUUUGGAAUAUCAUCAACGCAGUCACAAUGUGGCUGACAGUACAGAUAAACCAUGGAAAUGUGAGGAUUGUGGUAAAGGAUUCAAUUAUCCAUCCCUGCUGGAAAUUCAUCGACGCACUCACACAGGGGAGAAGCCAUUCAUAUGCUCCGUAUGUGGGAGGGGAUUUUCUAAGUCAGCCAACCUCAUGCUACACCAGCGAGUUCACACUGAGGAGAGGCCAUUUACUUGCACUUAUUGUGGGAAAAGAUUCAGACAGUCGUCUACCCUCACCGCACAUCAGCGACUUCAUACUGGGGAGAGACCGUUCACCUGCUCUGUGUGUGGGAAAGGAUUCACUCAGUCCUCCAUCCUGAUGAUACACCAACGUACUCACACAGGGGAGAAGCCAUUUACCUGUUCGAUGUGUGGGAAAGGAUUCACUCAGUCAGCUAACCUGGUAGUACACCAGCGAAUUCACACUAAGGAGAGGCCUUUCAGCUGCACAUCCUGUAGAAAGAGAUUCAAAUCUUCAUCAGAACUCCUAUCACACCAGCGAGUUCACAUUGGCGAGAGACCAUUCACCUGCUCCUUGUGUGGGAAGGGAUUUACUCAGUCAUCUGCCCUACUGACACACCAGCGAAAUCACACUGGCGAGAAGCCAUUCAGCUGCUCGGUGUGUGGGAAGGGCUUCACUCAGUCGGCUAACCUUGUGGUACAUGAGCGAAUUCACACGGAGGAAAGGCCAUUCAGCUGCACGCAAUGCGGAAAAAGUUUCAGGCAGUUAUCCACCCUCACUGCACAUCAGCGGGUACACACUAGGGAAAGACCAUUCACCUGCUCUGUGUGUGGGAAGGGAUUUACUCAGUUAGCCAGCCUCACAUUGCACCAGCGAAUUCAUCGCGAGGAGAGGCCGUUCAGCUGCACUCAUUGUGGGAAGGGAUUCAGGCAGUCUUCCGAUCUCACUGCACACCAGCGAAUCCACACUGGGGAGAAGCCAUUUAUCUGCUCCGUAUGUGGGAAGGGAUUCACCCAUUCGUCUGGCCUUUGGUCACACCAACGAGUUCACACCGAGGAGAAGCCAUUCAGCUGCAGUGCUUGUGGAAAGGGAUUCAGGCAGUCAUCCUACCUCCGGUCACAUCAGCGGGUUCACACAGGGGAGAAGCCAUUCACCUGCUUUGUGUGUGGCAAGGCAUUUGCUCGGUCUUCAAACUGCUUGAUACACCAGCGAAUUCACUCUGAGGAGAAUCCAUUCAGCUGCGUCUUCUGUGGAAAGAGUUUCAGACAGGCAUCCACCCUUAAUGCACACCAGCGAGUUCACACUGGGGAGAGACUAUUUACCUGUUCUACGUGUGGGAAGGGAUUCCCUUGGUCAUCCCAACUGCUUACACAUCAGCGGGUUCACACUGGGGAGAGACCAUUCACCUGCUCCGUGUGCGGGAAGGGAUUCACCCGGUCCUUCAACCUAAUGUUACAUCAGCGCGCUCAUACGUGUCAUCAGAGUUUGGACUCUGCUGUUAUUGAUCCUGCUGAUCAGACCCAGGAAUAAUUAUCUGACAAUACUUAGGUUGUUUCGACUGAAUGUAACAUCUACAAUUGUCAUUUUUGUUGAAAGCAACAUCUGUGAUCUUUCUCCAUAAUGCAUGAUCUUAUCUACAGGAUCAAGAAUUCAAUAAAUUAAAAACCUUAACUUGAUCUUUGAUGAAAGAUCUACAAGUUGGUGUCUGAAA